ACACACACACACACACACACAUGCAUGCGAGCAUACACACUGAGUGACAGUCCUGGUCCACUGAGGUCCAAGUGUUCCCAGCGGGGGGGGGGACGCGCGCGUGGAAGCAUGAGAGGACGACAGGACGCGGGUGGGAAUUAAACGGAGUGGAGACUCGGUAGAGGACGACCAGGUUUGGACGCUUUGGAUUAAAAACGAAACCGGGCUUCCGAGCUGAGGGUGAUGACGUCCUGAAGGGACCUCCUUCCUGACAGACGCAGGAAAACCCGGGGCAGAUUCCCCCCGCCUGCCCCCACUCUCUCGCCAAAAAGUGCCGUCACCGUGGCUCAUCCCUCGCAGCCAUAGCCUCGACUGCCCCUCUUGAGACCCGACCCGCACAGACCAGCACGCCAAUGCUAGCAAGGAACUGCCUGCUGCUGUUCCUUUGGUUUCACCUGGAGGAGGGCUCGGCCUCGUCACAUCCGCGGCCGCCCUCGUCGCCACUGGCGGCAAUGGGCAGGACGGCGGGGAGGUCGCACGCCAGGAGCUCAGCGGGCCCCGUGAGGAAUGGGCCGGCUGGGUUCCAGCGGGUCAAGCGGGGAUGGGUGUGGAACCAGUUCUUUGUGCUGGAGGAGUACAUGGGGUCUGACCCGCAGUACGUCGGCAAGCUGCACACCGACCUGGAUAAGGGCGACAGCGAGGUGAAGUACACUCUCUCGGGGGAAGGGGCCGGCUCUAUUUUCACAAUUGACCAGACGACGGGGGACAUCCAUGCCUUAAGGAGCCUGGACCGGGAGGAGAGGCCUUACUACACGCUGCGCGCCCAGGCCGUCGACCUCAACACCGACAGGCCCCUGGAGCCGGAGUCCGAGUUCGUGAUCAAGGUGCAGGACAUCAACGACAAUGAGCCAAAGUUCCUGGAGGGACCGUAUCGGGCCACCGUCCCCGAGAUGUCACCAGUGGGGACGUACGUGACGCAGGUGACGGCCACCGACGCCGAUGACCCCACGUACGGGAACAGCGCCAGGGUGGUGUACAGCAUCUUGCAUGGACAGCCGUACUUCUCCGUCGACCCCAAAACUGGUGUGAUAAAGACGGCCUUACCCAACAUGGACAGAGAGGUGAAGGAACAGUACCAGGUCUUGAUCCAGGCCAAGGAUAUGGGGGGGCAGCUGGGGGGGCUGGCCGGGACCACCACGGUCAACAUCACCCUCAGCGACGUCAACGACAACCCGCCCAGGUUCUCUAAAAGUUUUUUCCACUUGCGGGUGCCCGAGUCGUCGGCGGUGGGUUCCUCCGUGGGCAGGAUCAAAGCGCACGACUUGGACGUGGGCAAAAACGCCGAGGUGGAAUACACCAUCGUGCCGGGCGACGGCGGCGCCAUGUUUGACAUCACCACCAACGACCACAACCAGGAAGGGAUAAUCAUUCUCAAACGGCCUCUGGACUUUGAGACCAAGAAGGCGUACACCUUCAAGGUGGACGCGUCCAACGCUCAUCUCGAUCAUCGGUUCCAAACCUUCGGGGCCUUCAAAGACACGGCGACGGUGAAGAUUAACGUCCUGGAUGUGGACGAGCCCCCAGUGUUCAAUAAGCCCGCCUACGUGAUGGAUGUGUACGAGGACACGCCAGCGGGCACCAUCAUCGGAGCGGUGACGGCUCAGGACUUGGACGCCAGCAGCAGUCCAGUCAGGUACUCCAUUGACUGGAGGAGCGACCUGGACAGCUACUUCGACAUCGACCCGGUGGAGGGCACCGUCUCCACCAACGAGCUCCUGGACCGCGAGAGCGUGGCCUGGCACAACAUUUCCAUCGUGGCCACCAAGCUGAACAGUCCAGUUCUGACCAGCCGGGUGGCCGUCUCCGUGCACGUGUUGGACAUCAACGAGUUCCCCCCCGAGCUGGCCAGCCCGUACGAAAGUUUUGUGUGCGAAAACGCCAAAGUUGGACAGGUGAUUCAACUGUUCAGUGCAAAGGACCAAGACGUACCGAACGCCGGACAACAGUUCUCCUUCAAAUCCACUAAAGACGACUCCAGCAACAAAAAUUUCACCAUCAGAGAUUUUGGAAACAACACGGCUGGCAUCGUCACCAAGCGCAGCGGCUUCCGCCGGCGCUCGCAGGAGAUCUACCGCCUCCCCGUAGUCAUCGAGGACAACGGCUACCCGUCCAAGAGCAGUACGGGAACGCUGACCAUACGAGUCUGCGGGUGCGCAGCCGACGGCGCCCUGCUGACGUGCAGCGCUGAGGCCAUUUUCCUGCCCGUGGGCCUCAGCACGGGAGCGCUCAUCGCCAUCCUCUUGUGCAUCAUCAUCCUGCUGGUUAUCGUGGUCCUCUACGUGGGCUUGAGGCGCCAGAAGAAAAAGGAGACCCUCAUGUCCUCCAAGGAGGACAUCCGGGACAACGUCAUCCACUACGACGACGAAGGCGGCGGCGAGGAGGACACGCACGCCUUCGACAUGGGAACGCUGCGCAAUCCCAAAGUGGUCAAGGACAACCUGUUCCGCCGGGACGUCAAACCGGAGAUCAAACGGUGCCCGAGGCCGCCGGGGUCGAAGGACAGCGCCGACAUCCGGGCGUUCAUCAACCAGCGGCUGAAGGACCACGACGCGGACAACUCGGCGCCGCCGUACGACUCGUUGGCCACGUACGCCUACGAGGGCAGCGGCUCGGUGGCCGAGUCGCUCAGCUCCAUCGAGUCCCUCGCCGCCGACGUGGAGGAAGACUACGAUUACCUCAACGAGUGGGGGCCCCGCUUUAAGACACUGGCGGGGAUCUUCGGCGAGCCGUCGGGGUCCCGCUCGGACUUGACAAACACGGAGAGCACGCAGUGAGGACGGACGGGCGGACGGACUCCAGGAGCAAAUAUGUAACGUUUUAACAUCUGUGUUUUUUUCUUCUUUUUUUUGACAAACAUGAUCGGUCCCAAAAUUGUACAAACACAAAGAAAAUAAAGAUCGGAGCAUCCGUUCA